CUUUUACCUGAGCAGGUCCAAAUAUAGAAAUAGUUUCGACUGGAAAUGUUCGAUUAUUGGUCCUGUCUAAUUUAUGUUUAAAUUAUUCAAAGGUUCCGUGAUUUUCCUGUAGUUACAUUGUUACCUUUUUGUUUUCAGAGUCCUGACUAUCAGAGAAAGCAGUGAGUGACGUCACAGACCAACGUGGGAGCGAGAAGUUGUGAAUAGUAUAAACUUUGGCGUGCAUUGAUACCAAGCAUUCUGACAAACAUAGGGGACUUGGGAUUUUGGGAUGGUUUAAACGCUAUAAAUAGACAUUCAAAUUCUUGUGCAACAGUUUGAAAAACCAGCGGAAAAGUACUUGUGUUCAACUUUUUUUUAUUUCACUUACGGAAACUCUAACUCGAUAGAAGACUACCUCAAAGUUCAUAAAAGAUAUAAUGCAGAUAGUUAAAGUAGUGAUGGUCACGGUUUUACUGUCGUUGUGUGUGAUAGCAGAGUCCUUACCCCACAGUCUCAGUAAGAUGCGACAGAAGAGAGGCUUCCGACAGAGUAUCGUGGACAGAAUGGGGCACGGAUUUGGAAAGAGGGCCAACUCGAAUUUUUAUGACACCUAUCUCACAAAAACACAGGAUCUGAUGACAGUCGAAGAAUUAACGACCAAUAUACUACACAGUGAAGAUUUAGCAGAGGCCAUAGUCAGGAAAUUUAUAGACCUUAAUGGUGACGGGAUAAUUUCUACGGCUGAGUUACUACGAGCCACCAGCUAACGGUAAAACCUGACCAUCAACCGAGGUUGCACAGCAGUAACCGGCGUAAGCAAUAUAGUGCAGCUAGACAUUAUCAGCUGACAGCAGAAACAAUGCAACAUGGGAAAACACAUAUCGAAAAAGGAUUCAAAUAUUGAAUAAGUUAACAAUGGAUUUAGAACUUUUUCUAUGUAGUAAAACGAUUGUAAAUUUGAUAACUUCAGUAUUGUGUAAUGUUUAGUUAGUACAUGUAAGAUAUUUAGACUUCUACUAAUCAGAGAUGUCACCUUAGCAUUUUUAAAACGAUGUACAUUAAUUCAAAAUUGUGUUGCUUUCUCUACCUUAACUAUUAGAUCUAGCAUUUUUAAAGCAAUGUGAUAUAUAUCAAUUCAAAAUAGUGUUGUUUUCUCUCUCUCAACUGUUAGAUAUGUGGUAAAUUUGGUCAUUUUGGUGUUUUUAAAUGCACAGCUUCAUAUUAUUGAGGUAUUAUCAAAGAGAGCUUCCCUUUUAUUGCGAUUAAACGGUCCCAUGAUUCACUUCGCAUAUCAGGGAGGGUUUCAAAAAGUUCGAUUUAAAUCAUUAUUUACUUCAUUUACAUUGAUUAAUCUCUGUUGGCUAUAAUGUGUAAUAAAACUGCAUAUAAAUGUA